AUGGUAUACGAAUUUUAUUGUGCCAAGUGUAAAAGGAAAACCGCUUCAACCGAUGUGGAACGUAUCAAGACGGUUAACGACAAGUGGCGGUUAAGAGGCCGAUGUGUCGAGUGCUUACGCGAGAAGAGCACAUUCACAAAAGCGUCUGUACCAGGAAUCGUCGAUGUCAAAUUUGAAGAGGCACGAGAGCUUCAUCGACCAGUAACAAAAAAGUUUCCAAAACGCAAAAUUGUCACUCUUCACAUAGACGACCUGUGGGCAGCUGACCUGGUUAUAAUGGACAAGUUCUUCCGGGAAAACGAUGGAUAUAAAUAUAUGCUAAAUGUGAUUGAUACAUUUUCCAAGUACGCAUGGUCCGAACCAUUACUCAGGAAGAGCGGUGUCGAAGUGACAAACGCGUUUGAAGCCAUUAUACAAAGAGCUAAAGGCAAUGGUCACAAAGCGCCUAACCUAUUACACACUUAUAAGGGUAGAGAGUUCGUCAACAAGGAUUUUAAAUGUCUUCUCGCCAAACAUGGUAUAAAGAUGUAUCAUACGGAGAAUGAAGAAAAGAGCUCCAUAGUUGAAAGGUUCAAUCGCACACUCAACGAACGAAUGAAAGUGCAUUUCGAAGCUAGGGGGUCGUUCCGUUGGAUAGACAUACUGCAGGGUCUGUUGAGUAAGUACAACACAAGUGUACACUCCACCAUUCGCAUGAGGCCGGUCAAUGUGACUGUGAAAGUCGAGCCAGAAAUUCGUAGCUUGUACCUCGAUCAAUUUCGAUCAGUGAAACGUCCACGACCUAAACUGAGAGUUGGCGAUCGAGUGAGAAUAGUAGCAAAGAAAGAUACGUUUGCCAACAAAUACGCUUGA